AUGACAAGGCGAACAAAGAUCUCGAGCAGCGGCUCGCUUCGCGUUUCACACGUGAUAACAUUGAUAAUCAGUGAUAACAUCAAGUCAAGCCGCAAAUGGUCGGAGAUGAGUCAACAUUCCUGUCACAAAUGUAAUUACCGAGAUAAGCAGACAAACGAUCCCACUUGUAGCGUCAUUAUACCAAUUAUCCACUGUAUGACAGCAGCUAUUAUUAAUUGCAUAGUUGCAACAGAAAUUGGUAACGAAUUUAAAUUUCAACAUCUGGAAACGACUCGGAUUCUAGCAAAGUCAACAAUCCUAGAUUCGCGCUUUAAAAGACUGCACUUUAAAAGUGCUUCAGCAGUUUCUCAAGCAAUUCAAGUUAUUGACAAUCAGUUGAGAAAUAUGUUUGGCUAUGGACAACAAAACCGGGAUAAAGAAGAUACCCAAGAUGUUAAUGAUAUUAAUAAUGCGAAGAGUUCAUCUCAAAAUCUGUGGCAUUUGCACGAUAGUCUUGUGAUGAAAAAUAAAAAGAUAGCUGAUACAGUUUCUGAUAGUUGGAACCUGGAAUUGAAACAAUAUUUGAAUUAG